AUGUCGAGCGCUCGGUGCUUAAACUGGUCCCGACCGCCACCGGGGCGGCAUCCGGUGCUCCGGAAGCAGGUGUCCUGCAUCGAACCAUCGGUAAAUACGACGACGGGUCCGACGACGACAGCGGCGGCGGCAACAGCGGUGACGGUGACCGACGGUACCACCGGUCGGCGGUGUGACCACUUUUGCCAGUUUCUCGUAACCGGUGCGAUCAUUCACACGGACCGUUUUCAAAAUUAUCACACCUACAAUCAGGCCCAUCGCGGUGGCAGUGGCAGUGUGUCGUCGUCGGCGGCGGCGGCCUCGAUCGUUCACCCAGCAUCAGGCCAGCAACGCCGUGCCAGGCCUGCCAGUGCCAGUUCCGGCUGCGGUGGCGGCCGCAGCAGUUUCUCCGGUCCGGCUGCGGGCUCCCAUCACCCACCAUCAGCCGGAAGUGACCAAGAGCGGACGCGUGCGGCGAACCGACGGGCCAAUCUUCUCUGCAAGCAGCUGUCGCUCGACCAGAGCAUUCUGGUGGCGGCCACGGCCACCACGGCGGCCGCUGCCGCUGGAAUGGCCGCAGUUGCGACCGCCACCGGUGCCACUGUCCCACCGGCAGAACCGUCCGAAGCAGGAGGGUGGACGUUCGGACGGAAGCCACGUGCUGGCGGUCCACUAAAAAGCGACAUGAUGGACGCCGGAACCGUCGGUAAAAAGGGCCUCAAGUCGGGCAAGGAUGCGCGCAUCAACAUCAAAAUCUUCCUCGGACAAACCGUGCAGCAGCAGGACUCGUCCGACACGGGUGUCAGCGACACGGAAGGACCAUCAGCCGUCCCGCCCGGCGGCCCUGGCGUGCUUCCGCUGCAAAAGUCCGACUCAACGCCAGCGAUGAGCAUGGUAAUGCCAGCCAAGCCAGCUUCCGGUACCGCGGGCGGUACCUCAGCAGGAGGAGCAGCGUCUGGAGCGGCCGCAAUCAGUGGCCGCAAUUCGUCGCUCGCCCAGCGCCGAGCCCAGUUUCAGGCGAACCGGCAAAACUCGGAAGCCCACGAUCGACGCCAUCCGCCGCUGGUGCGGGCUAUGUCCGCACCGAUCCGUCCGGCCGAUCCCGAUACGUCCAAGUUCCUGCAGAGCAAAAAGAAGUCUCGCCGAAAGAAGGCGCUUAGGGAAAAAGACGAGUAUAACAUCUGCGAAGAAGAUGAGUACAGCGAUGACGGUGGUGGCGGUGGUGGUGGCGCUGGCGGUGGCGUCCUCGGACUACCCAACGGUGCUGGCGGUGCAAAGUCCAGCCUGGUUGCUACGCUCCCGCUGCGAUCCCGGUCGGUGCUAGGUGGUGCGUGCGAUAUCGAGACGCUGGUGUCACUGCUCAGUUCCGGCGGCAGUGACUCGGAGAAGGAGCAAGAGUCGGCCGCGGGAGCAACGCCGCAGCAGAGCAGCGACUUCUCGCUGCCGGCGGGUCCGGUGCCAUUGUCGUACAGACAGGCGGCAGCAUUUUCGUCCACCGUCGGCCACCUCAAAGGGCGCGCUCCGAUGCUGAAGAAGGCAGGCAAGUCGGUGUCGUUCCAGGAGAGCGACCUCAAACCGGUGCCCGCCACCGCCGGCCUCAACCGGGACUACCGGAAACCGGGCGCGUUUCAGUCCGCGGUGGCCGCCAAUCGUAUGCGGCGCACGCAGCAGUUGGUCCACACGCUCAAUGCGUUCCAGCUGAAGGAUCGGGUCGAACAGGAAACGGACACUGGCGAAGACACGGUUCGCGAUGGGACGGAAGGCGACAAGGGCGGGGCGUCCACUACCGGGCAGCCCACCACGGUCACCAGCGCCCCGACCACUAAACCAGCGAGCGGUAAAUCAGAGGCCAAAUCAGCGCACGGCAACGCUAGUGGUGGUGGUGCUGCUGCUACCAACGGUGCCAGUGAUCUGGAGACACCCAAGGAGCAGGAGUGCUACCGGUUGUUUCUCAAAAUGUCCCGGAAGGGACUGUCCGUCUCGUAUGACACCAUCCUGCGCGGAAUGCUCACUCCGACCGAGUUGCGUGUGCUGCAGAAAAAGAAGAGCCUCCAGAGGACUGAUACGAUCGACGAACAGGGCAUCGCCGGGGAGCUCGCACCCGACGGCCUGACUGGGGGACCGCAGAACGGCGUACCGGCGGGGGCUCCCGUAGCCGAGCGACUCUCAAUACCGGGCAGUGGUGCCACCGGUGAUCAUACGAAGCGCGAACUGGAAUGUGAUGGACCGACGAUACACCAGGAACCCACACCAGCAGCAGCAGCAGUAGCAGCGGAAGAAACCAAGGAUGAAAAAGAGGAAGUUGACCAAGUUGAUAGAUCCACGCCCCCUUAACCGACCCCCUUUGCAUGUUAAGUUUGUAAUCCCGCAUUUGCCCGCGCAGCUCGUUGUUGUUUGUUGUUAAUGGCUGGCACUGGAAUUGUGAUAAACGCGCGGAAACAAGGAUCCACAACCUCGGCGGGA